AUGAAGACCUCGUUCGCCAUCGCAGCCCUGACUGCCAUCGCCGGCGCCUCAGCCGCCAGCACCACCAUCACCUGCAACGGUGCCUGCCCUUCGUCGACGCCCACCAACGACAUGGUCACCCGCGAGCCCGUGCCCACCUUCAACUGCACCGCGCCCGCCCUGUCCAUCAUCUCCAGCGCCAAGACCGACAGCGGCAUGGCCUCGGGCACCGGCGGCAUGAUGCCCACCCCCACCUCCGUCCCCGGCGGUGGUGUUCCCGGUGCCGCUGACAAGGUGGCCGGUGGCUUCGCCGGUGUCGCCGUCGCCGCCAUGGUCGCCGCCUACGUCCUGUAA